AUGAGCGAGGAAAAGAAGACGGAGGGUGGUCUGACCAAGAGGUUCGACGGAGAUGGGUCGAACCCGACGAAGGACUACGAGAGAUGGAGGAGAUGGUGCAGAGCAUACCUCACCGUUCAGAAGGCGAAGGGAGUUGGUCCUGAGGCCCAUGGAUCACUGGUGUUCUCGCUUUUGGACGGCACUGCACUUCGAGCACUGGACCAGAUACCCAUGGACAGAGUGGAAGAGAUCGGGGGCGAGGAGGUGAUCUUUCAGAUCUUAGAUGACCGCUUCCCGGCUGAAGCCACCCAUGACCGACUGGGAAGUGUGCUUGACCAGGUCUUCGACCUCAAGGUGGAGAAGGGAGAAACGACCGCAGUGUUCACGGGCAAGGUGAGGGCAGCGUUUUCGUCGGCAGAGGCCGAGGGAGUGGUGCUACCCGAUGUCGCCCGAGGGUACCUGUUGCUGCGGUUCGCCAAGUUGAGCGCUGAGCGGAAAGCCGUGGUGAUGGCAGCGGCUAGGCAGAGCUAUGCUGAGAAGGACGUGGCAGCAGCGCUCAGGACUACCUUCCCCGAAGGGCUCUACUCGGCGGCAAGGCAGAGUUCACAUGCCUACCAGGUGGAGUACGACCAGGGCCAGGUGGAUGACGAUGAAGAGACCAUGGAGGAGGAGUUUGACGUGUACCUGACCGAUGCCGGCUAUCAGCCGGAAGAAGAGAUUGAAGAGCAAGACGCCAUCGACGCCCUCCUGACAUGGAAACAGACACGCAGCUCCAUUGCCCAGACCAAGAUGUCCAGAGGUUUUGGGAAUCAGGGGCAACUGAAGAAGUUGGCCGCUCGGGUCAAGUGUUUCAAGUGUCGGCAGGUGGGCCAUUUCUCCAGAGACUGUCCCAAACGAGGCAAGGGAGGAAGCAAGGGCUCGAACAAGGAGCUCCACUGGACGGUGGAUGAGAAUGAGGAAGGUGAGUUGGAGCAAAACUACAACCCGCCGAUUGGCCCGGAGAUGUAUGGGCAUGAGAUGCAGGCGUUGGUUGAGGGAUGGAGUCAUGUGCCGAGAGAUUUCUGGUACACCCGAGGAUCGGAAGUGAUCCGUGAGCAUGUUUUGCCGAGGACGCGACUGUUCACGCCGGCGGCCUCGAACUGUCCGGUACCUCUCCAUGACCUUUGUGACAGUCGGUCAACGCAUCUGUUCAAGGAGGAUGGAUCCCAUGCGGUGCACUUCUCACCCAACUGGAAGGCCCGAGGAGAGGCACACAAGGAUGUUGGUGUGGAAUGGACCGGCCGGACGGUGUUCUACAUGAAGGACCUUCCGUUCACUCCGAUCGAUGAGGAGAUCGACAUGUUGGCGCAGGCAUAUAAGGACGAGCUGGACACUGCGCAAGAGGAGGCUCUGAAGGAGUCGGGCUCGGAGGAUUCCAUGAUGGAGGAGACGGAUGAGGAAGCCGAGUACCUCGAUGGAGAGACUGUCGUGGCUCUCGUCCAUGCAGCAGGUCAUGGAGUGGUUGACACCGGCUGCGGACGAGGACUUGUUGGGGAAAAGACUUUGCAGCGACAUGAGAAGGUGCUGAAUGAGCACGGCUACGAGAUCAAGGAGAUGCUGCUUCAGCCCCACAAGUUUCGCUACGGGAAUAGCGCUGUGGAUGUCUCCCAUCGAACCGUGCAGAUUCCCGUGUUCCUGGCAGGAGUGCAGCUGUGGUUGAGAGUGCACGUGGUGAAGGGCGAUGUGCCGCUCUUGAUCUCCAAGCGAUUCAUGAAGUGCUUGGGGGCGAUCAUCGACAUGCGACAGGGUCAAGUGACGUUCACCAAAGCGCACUUGGCAGUGCCUCUGUUGGAACAACGGGAUGGGAGCUACCAGAUCAACCUCCUUGACUUCCAGAAACCGCCAAAGAUCAAGGAUGCCGAAGUGGAGGUUCUGGCUACGGAUCUUGGCGAGGAGGACGAGGAGGAGGGUGGCAUCAACGUCGGGGACGACCUCAUGGGCACGAUUCCUGAGGAUGAGAUGGAAGAGUAUGUGCCUACCAGCCCCGAACCGGAAGGGGGCGAUGAGGUGGAGGAGACCGAGACCCCGGAAGAGUUUGAGACUGAGACUCCAGAGGACUAUGAGACUGGGAACCAGGAGACCCAGGACCAGGGGGAGCACGAUGUGACUGGUGACCAGGACAACCUGACGGCAAGCGAGCCAGAAGAAGAGUUCUGCGAGGAUGAGACAGGGGAAAUUGGGCACCUCACCGAGAUCCUGCAGGCGGAACCGGAGAGACCGUCAGUGGUGGAGGUCUUUUGCCCCGGGCGCUUUGCUGAGCGGGCUGGAGACUUUGGACUGAGGGUCAUCGGAAGCUUUGAUCUCAGCAGUGGCUGGGACUGGAAGAAAGCCUCGGAUCGGAAGAAGGUGUGGGACUUGAUCGAAGAGGAGGAACCUGACUUGAUGAUCCUCUCGCCACCGUGCGGCCCACUGUCUCGACUUCAGAACUCGACCCCACCAUGGAAGAGGGCUGAUCCGGAACAAUAUGAACGAGAUGUGAUCGAGGCGCGAGCGAUGGUGGCUUGGUGCACGAGGAUCGCCAGGGAUCGGAUGCGAAAGGGCAAAUACUUCAUCUUUGAGUCCUCGGCGACGUGUGCGGCUUGGCGGCUGCCGGCGAUGGGACAUUUGAUGGACUUUGACGAAUGCCAGAGGGUCACGGUGCCGGCAUGCUCCGUGGGCCUUCGAGACAAGGAGUCGAAGCUGCUGUUCAAGAAGUCAUGGAGCUUCUUGACUAAUGCGGAAGCCAUUGCAGCCAUGCUGGACAAGUUGGAGUGCUCGCAUGACCACGAUCACCAGGUGGUGGAAGGCCGAUCAGGGGGUCAGUUGAGGUCGGUUCAAACCCAAGUGUAUUCAAGACGGUUGAUAAACAUCAUACUGGGAGGAUUCGCGUGUCAGCAACAACAUGAGGCGGUAUGUUAUCCGGUUAGCCAGGCCGAUGUACAACUGGAGGCUGAUAAGGAGAUGACCUCCGUCAGUAGAGACAGGGUUUUGAACGCUGUGCGCAAAAUGCACAUCAACCUUGGUCACGCAUCGACCGCCGACAUGGUUCGCAUCCUGAAGCAUCAUGGGGCACGGCCGGAGGUGCUGGAACUGGUUCGCAGCUACCAGUGUGACCUGUGUGAAUCGCGUAGGCCACCCAAAGCUGUUCGCGAGAGUGCAGUGCCUCGAGAUUUGGCCCCAUUGAGAUACAUCGGUCGGAAGCGAGAUAUGAGCAUCAAAGCAGUCAACAUUGUUUGCAGGGCCACCGGAUUCCAACAGAUGUACCCGUUCCGGGAAACCGAGAACUCAGAUCUUCUGGUUAGACUGUAUCGACAUUGGACCCGUUCGUUUGGGCGGCCGAAGUACAUCAAGUUCGAUGCGAGUAGGUGCAAUCUAGGACAGACUUUUCUAGACGCAUUGGAGAGGGAUGGAACUACCCCACUAGAUGUACCAGGUGAAGCUCACGAACAGAUGGGGGAUGUAGAGGUACAGGGAAGACACUUUGCCACGAUGCUGACCAAAGUGAUUGAUCAGAUGAUGCCAGAGGAUUAUUCUAGCUGGUUGGAAUGUGUUGAUGUGACUGUUGAAGCGAAGAAUGCACUGAUGAGACGAGGAGGAUACAGUCCAAAUCAAUUAGUCUUUGGGAGAGACCCUGAAAUCCCCGGGGAUGACUUGUUGACAGAGGACCCCAAUCCCAUCGCAAAUGGUGCAAUCGUAGAGGAUGCCAUAGCACGGCAGAAAGCUCGCGAGGCAGUUCUCCAAUCACUGGAUCACCGUGCAGCCCGCAUAGCUUUGAACACCAGACCAAGACCCAAGAGGGAAUUCAGACCCGGCGAUGAAGUAGCAGUUUGGCGUCGCGGAAGGGGAAUCAAGAAGAACAUGGCACGUUGGAGAGGACCCGGAAUAGUGGCAGGUGAAACAGGAGGAAAUUUUUGGGUCAGCAUGCCAGGGUCUUUCAUCAAGUGUUCCCCAGAGCAACUCAGAUUAAGAACAGCUACUGAACGCGAGGCUGACCGGUUUUUGGUCCGAGAUAUUAGAGCAGCGGCAGCACAGUUGUUUCCGGAGGUGGGACCAUCCAACAAGACCCAAAAGAACUUCAUUGACAUUACCAAAGAAGACUUUCCACCAGGUGACCUAUUUCCGGAGACACCAGCCGAAGCACCAGAGUUGGGACAACCCCAACCAGAGGGCCUGCAGCCCGAUCCAGAGGCACCAGACCAUAGGUCAGGGAGUCAACCCAUGACCAUCAAUUCCUCGUUGAGCGAUCAGCUGGAAUCAUUGAGUGCCACGGAGCGGGAAGCUUGGAAAGAGUCCUCUGAACGCGCCGACCGACUGGAUGGACAUUGCCGCCCUCGCGGCAGCGAACCCGAGCCGAAAAGGAGUCGAUCAGAGCAACAUGUUGGAGGAAUGAGAUUCCCACCAUCAUUACCCACACCACCAGGAGAACAAGCACCUAGAACACCGGAAAGUCUGCCACGAGUCCCAACAACACCACAGAGUCUGCCACCAGUCCCAGUGUCAAGCGGGUCAAGCAUUGCUUCAUCUGGAACAUCAGCACUGGUUACAACACAAGUCGUUGAUCCCGUGGAUUCAGCAGCACAAAACGUUGCACUUCAUGAACGAGGGGCGUGUGAGGAUGUAAACUUUGUGUUGUGCAGUGAGGAGACACCCACAGGAGAAGUUCAUGUGUUGUUGGCCGGAGGCAGGAAGGAGAUUAACCCAAAGGAGGAUUUUUGGAAAUCAUCAGAAGGACAGGAGCUGUUGGUUCGAGGAGUGAGGAAGGAAGUGAAGAACUGCGUUGAGGACAAACAUGCAUUACGACCUUGCUCAGUUGAUGAAUCCAGAAGAAUCAGACAGCAACAUACAGAACGCGUGAUUCCAAGUCGGUUGGUGUUGACACAGAAAACAGAGGACACAGGUGAACAGAUCGUGAAGGCCAGGUGGACAGCAAGAGGAGACAAGGACCCCGACCUGUUGAACCUGGUUCGUAGUGGUAAGACUCAAUCUCCAACAAUCUCCACAAACGGAAGGUAUACAGUUCUGCAGGUCAUCGCGAGCAACCAGUUCACACUACAGCUGGGUGAUGUGACAGGAGCCUUCCUGGAAACGAAAGAGUUAAAGAGAGAUCAAAGACUAUGGAUGUCAGGUCCAAAGAACUUCCAACUACCUGAUCACGACCCAGAACAGUUAUUUGAAGUGAUCCGGCCGCUCUAUGGCCUCAACGACAGCCCACAAAAGUGGUUCAGUACAUUCGAUGAGACUGUUCGCAAGUUGGGUUGGCAACCUUCGAGAUUAGAUCCAUGUCUGUACAUGUUGUGGGACCGACGGCAUAAGUCAGGGGAGACUGUGCUAGGAGGUGUCAUGGGGGUCCAUGUCGACGAUGUGGUUCUGGGAGGAAGAGGGGACGUUUUUGAGAAGGCAAUUGUUCAACUCAAACAGCAGUUCCCAUUUCGCAAGUGGAUGACUGGUAAAGGGACGUUCUGUGGGUCAAACUUGACACAAGAUGAGACAGGUGCGAUAACAGUGAGCCAAGAACAAUUUGCAGAAAACAUGGUGAAACCAAAAUUGAGGACAAAGGAGGACGCCACAACAACAGUGAAUGCCGAGGAAGCCACGUCCUUGAAGUCAGUCCUCGGGGCAGGACUCUGGCUGGCAAAAGAAACACGUCCGGACCUGGCUGUGCAGGUAAGUCAGGGACAACAACUGAUGCCGUCACCAACACUAGGUGAAGCCAGAACAGUCGCCAAUGUCACCAGAAGAGCAAAGCAAUACAAGCACCUCACCUGGAAGAUCUUACCCAUUCCCUUCGACAAUAUCAGACUCUGUUUACACACCGAUGCUGCUUUUGCAAACGCCAGAAAGCAAGGAACACAAGCAGGGAACAUUGUUGGAGUGACGACAGAUGAACUUCGGACCGGAGCACCAGCAGUUUGGGCACCAGCCACCUGGAAAUCGUAUAGACUAAAGAGGGUCGUUGGUUCAACGUUUGCUGGAGAGACUCAAGCUCUUAUGGACGGACUGGGACAUACUGAGUGGAUUGCCUGUCAUUUAGCUGAACUUCGUUUGCCUGAUUUUUCGUUGGAGCAAUUCAUCAAGGAGUUUUGCAUUCAGGCCAUCACAGACUGCAAAAGCAUCUAUGACCAUCUACAGACAUACUCAUCCCCAAGUAGCGUUUCCGACAAGAGAGUGGCAAUUGACUUGAUCAUAGUGAAGGAAACGAUGAAACGAGUUUGGGGAACUAUCAGGUGGGCACCAACCUGGCUACAGCUAGCAGACGCUCCAACAAAGGAGAAUGCAGACGCAAUGGAUGUGUUGAGAGGGGCUAUUACUAGUAACCAGUACCAUCUGAACAAUGAGAGUGUUAUGCUUCAAAACGCUGCAGAGCAGAGAGCCAUUCGAAAGCGACGACCGCAAGAGACUAGAGGCUCAGACGUUUUGAUCGCAAGUGCAGUAGAAGCAGCUGAGAUGGUGAAGAUCGACACGAAAGGUUUGAAGGAGAUCGAGAUGAGUGCACUCAUGGAGGUCAUGACCUACAGGUAUGCCCGGAAUGAAGAAGAAUUCAAGAAGACCAUUGUGCAGACAAGAGCCUCAUGCAAGACCAAGUUGCCUUUGGAGAUGGUGGACUCGAAACAAUUCAGGGGAGAGAAAGGAGUGCUCACGAUGACCUACACGGUGAACACUCAAAUGCUCCAGCUACAGACUGGAGCGGCCUACCUCGACCGUGCCGAGACCACCGUGGAAGCCGUGCUCAUGCAUUACAAGGACCUGCUCAAGGAAAACAAGGUGUCACCGAUGCCGGAGGGGACCGGCGAGUGGGGUGAGGCCUUCCGCACCGUGUUGCGCGAAGGGGUUCGAUCCAGCUAUUUUGAAGAGAAGACUGAGGAGGGCCAGCCGACCUCAGAGAAGGGAUACGAGCCGUCAUUGGUGAGGGCAAUGACCCCGACAGAUGCCGAAUUUUGCGCCGCAGUGGCUGAACUCUGCCACGAGGGCGCCCGGAAGUUUCAUGGAUAUCUGGGAUGGAGGCAGAAGUAUCUCCAAAUGAUGCUUCGCGAAUUCGGCGCAGAGCUGGAGCUGGUGAUGGAACUCAGUGGCCUGACUGAACAGUACCAUUUGGCCACAGAUGACGAGGAUUGGUCGCUUGCAUCAGGCAUGUCCCAAGGACAUCGUGCCGCAGCGAAGCCCAAAUCCAGGUUCCCUAGGUCACCAUAGCCAGAGGCAGAUCCAAUUUGAGCCAACAGAGAAUUUUGAUCCGUGUGAAUCUCACGGCUUGGCUCAAUUGGUGUAUGUUCCGACGGCCGUAUAGGCUGGAAU